GUCACAAUGUGAUUGGAAGAGGUGCCGUUGCCGUGACGAAGCAACGCUACGUUUUUUUGUUAUAAAAUCGAAGUAAUACGCAACCAUUCUUCGUACCAAAGCUGAAUAGCCAUUCGUAUUGUUGCAGAGAAAGAAAACCCUAGCUCACCGUUUCAAGAUGCAAAUCUUCGUUAAGACCCUCACUGGUAAGACCAUCACUCUCGAAGUCGAGAGUUCAGAUACCAUAGACAAUGUAAAGGCCAAAAUUCAAGACAAGGAAGGGAUCCCACCAGAUCAGCAACGUCUCAUUUUUGCUGGCAAGCAGCUUGAGGAUGGACGUACCCUUGCUGAUUAUAACAUCCAAAAGGAGUCCACUCUCCACUUGGUUCUUCGUCUCCGUGGUGGGAUGCAAAUCUUUGUUAAGACCUUGACGGGAAAGACAAUCACCCUUGAGGUCGAGAGCUCCGACACCAUUGACAACGUUAAGGCUAAGAUUCAGGACAAAGAGGGUAUCCCUCCAGAUCAACAGAGGCUGAUCUUUGCUGGAAAGCAGCUUGAGGAUGGCCGUACCCUUGCUGAUUACAACAUCCAGAAGGAGUCCACUCUUCAUUUGGUACUCCGUCUACGUGGUGGAAUGCAAAUCUUUGUUAAGACUCUGACCGGAAAGACAAUCACCCUUGAGGUGGAGAGCUCUGACACCAUUGACAAUGUUAAGGCCAAGAUUCAGGACAAAGAGGGUAUCCCACCAGAUCAACAGAGGCUCAUCUUUGCUGGAAAGCAGCUUGAGGAUGGCCGUACCCUUGCUGAUUACAACAUCCAGAAGGAGUCCACUCUUCACUUGGUACUCCGUCUACGUGGUGGAAUGCAAAUCUUUGUUAAGACUCUGACCGGAAAGACAAUCACCCUUGAGGUGGAGAGCUCUGACACCAUUGACAAUGUUAAGGCUAAGAUUCAGGACAAAGAGGGUAUCCCACCAGACCAACAGAGGCUCAUCUUUGCUGGAAAGCAGCUAGAAGAUGGCCGAACCUUGGCUGAUUACAACAUCCAAAAAGAAUCUACCCUCCACUUGGUUCUCCGCCUUCGUGGUGGGAUGCAAAUCUUUGUCAAGACUCUCACUGGAAAGACCAUCACCCUUGAGGUGGAGAGCUCUGACACUAUUGACAAUGUCAAAGCCAAGAUUCAGGACAAAGAAGGUAUCCCACCAGACCAACAGAGGCUCAUUUUUGCUGGCAAACAGCUUGAAGAUGGCCGAACCUUGGCUGAUUACAACAUCCAAAAAGAAUCUACCCUCCACUUGGUGCUCCGUCUGCGCGGUGGUAUGCAAAUCUUUGUGAAGACCCUUACUGGGAAGACCAUUACUUUGGAGGUAGAGAGCUCAGACACAAUUGACAAUGUGAAGGCAAAGAUCCAAGACAAGGAGGGUAUUCCUCCAGACCAGCAAAGGUUGAUUUUUGCUGGAAAGCAGCUUGAAGAUGGACGUACACUGGCAGACUACAACAUCCAAAAGGAGUCCACCCUUCACCUUGUCCUUCGUCUCAGGGGAGGUAUGCAGAUCUUUGUGAAGACUUUGACAGGCAAGACUAUUACCUUGGAAGUUGAAAGCUCAGACACAAUCGAUAAUGUCAAAGCAAAAAUCCAGGACAAGGAGGGUAUCCCACCAGACCAGCAGAGGUUGAUAUUUGCUGGGAAGCAAUUGGAGGAUGGAAGGACUCUUGCUGACUACAACAUUCAGAAAGAGUCUACUCUUCACCUUGUGUUGCGUCUUCGUGGUGGGUUUUAAAAGUCUGAGAAUGUUCUGUAGGUGUCUUGAAGUCUAAGCAUGUGGAAGUUCCGAAGAUCUUUGGGUUUUUUUUUUUUAAUGUUCCUGAAAGGUUUACUCUUGUUAAAGUGUUUCCAUGGUCAAUAGUGGCCUUUGAAAAACUGUUGUUUGUUCUGGUCUUUUUAUAAAUUCUGUUUGGUUCGUGAAUUUGUGAAGCUACCUUUUAUGAAAUUUAGUUCUUUGCUAUGAAUAAGUACAAUCUGUUGUCAUGUUUGAUGAAA